AUGUUUUCACAUUCUAUAGCAGCUGGUCUUAAAAAUACACUUCCAGAAGCCACAUCAAUAAUUGGUGAUCAAAUACCAGAUACUUAUGAUAUUAUUAUUAGAUUCCAUUCGGCAGAAAAGUUACCUAGAACUGAUUUAGUUGGAUAUACUGAUCCUUAUUUUGUGGCAAACAUCGAUCAUCAAAUUUCAUUUACAUCCAUUAUUAUACCUAAUACUUCUGUACCAGUAUGGGAUGAUGAAGAAUGGAUUGUUCGAAAUAUUCCUCGUAAUGCAAAACUUACUGUUAAACUCUAUGAUAAAGAUGAUGAAAAACUUGCUGAUGAUUAUAUUGGUCGAUUUGUAAUUGACGAUCUUAUUAAUUAUACUCCUCCAACAAAAGGUCAUAAGAUUCUUGGAGCUUUUGCGAGAAAUAAUGGUCGUUUUCAUUUAUCUAUUCAAUCGAUGAGAUCAUCAGAAGAAACUCAACAACUUCCACGUUAUACAUUCGAUGGUCCUUGUCGAUUUUCUCGUCAUAAUUCAUUAGCUAUUGGCCGACUGACAAUGCUCAAUGCUGACUGUGUUUAUUCAACAUGGAAAAUAUCCAUGAGACGACUUUCUUUUUUCUUUCCACCUGCUCAACGUCAACAUUGGAAUACAAAUUAUAAACUAGCAAGAAGCAUUUUUGGUAAUUGUCCACUUGCAUUAGUAUCAAAAAGUACAAUUAAAAUUGGUCAUAAAGUACUCUAUGGAAGUACCAUAAAACAUAAUGAAAAUGGUCAAUUGAAUAAUGCUGAUGAUCUUUGGAAAUAUAUUUUUACAGAUAAUAUUACACAAAGAAUCAAACCAUGUAUUUAUACAUAUGUUAUUGAUGAUUAUACAUGGAGAUUUAGUGAGACUGGUGUACGAUUCUUUACUGAUAUGGCAAGUAAACAUGCACUAUUAGCAAAUGGUUCUGAAUACGUUCGAUAUGCAGGUGAAUUUCAUCUUCGACCUAAAUAUGGAUGGGAUAAAUUCGAUGAUGAAUGGGAAUUAGUCAUUGAUAAUGGAUCUGGUACUUACGCACCAGAUCCUAACCUAUUAACAAAUUUGAAAGAAUUAUUAGUAUUCAAUUUUCCAGGACUCAAUAUAUUAACAUAUGAUUUUGAAGAUCCACUGCUAAAAGAAAGUAAAGAACAGUUGAAAUUAGCAAUAGAAAAAUAUAAGCAUAUUACACCAACGAUCGAUCGACUUGUUGGUCGUUAUUCACCAGAGACUUUAAAUGAAUGCGAUGAUGAAACUUGUGCUCAUUCUUAA